AUGGAACUAAUUUGUCCGAAAUCUCCACCAAUUUAUUAUACAGUAAUCCUUCAUUCGAUUGCAGUUUUAUCGAUGGCAAUAAAUGGAUUUGGAAUUUAUUUGAUAAUUCAACAUUCAAAAAUAAAUAAAUCAAAAUAUCGUUUAUGUCAAUUAUAUUUUCUUAUAACAACAAUGUGUGUUGAAGUGUAUAUGUCACUCAUUGCUCCUGGUUAUUAUUAUUUUCCAAUGCUUGGCGGAUUUAAUUCAUCAUCAAUUACAGUCAAUCUUUUCCCACCAGAAUAUAGCACACAAUUUUAUUUCUUCUUUUUCUGUUUCGAACUUCCAGCACUUAUUAGUUGUUUUCAAUUUCGAAAUGAUGCUGCAUCUGAUUUAUCACCCAGAUUAAAAGUUCCAAAAUCAAUCAAUUAUUUUAUGAGUUUUCUGGCUCAUUGUUUUCCAUUUUUAGUUGCUGGUUGUUUUCACAAUGGAAAUCUUUCAAAACAUCAACAAUAUUUGAUUCUUCUCCAAAAAUUUCCAAAAUGUUUACAUAUUUUGGAUAUUCCUGGAUCAAUUGUGUAUGAAUAUGAAAAUAAUUUAUGGUUAAUUAUUGCUGGAAUGUUACCUCCUUUGUUUAUUUUUAUAUUCGCAAUGUAG